AUGGACAAGUUCCCUCCGGAAUAUGUCAAUGCUAGCAACGCAAGCCGGAUCGUUGGAGUCGUUGGCGUGUUCCACUUCGUCGCCUUGACAUUCGUUUCCCUGCGUAUCUAUGCUCGGCUGGUCAUUCUUAGGGCGUUCGGAGCAGAAGAUGCGCUCAUCGUUAUUGCCGUUAUCCUCGCGCUGGCGGCAUGGAUAUGCUUAAUCCUACAGAUACCCUACGGUCUCGGACGCCAUAGCCUGACGAUUCCGACCGAAGACCGCAUAGAUUUCGAACGUAUCACAUUUUGGAAGACGGUGCUCUCCGACGGCAUUGCCAUGGGGCUGCUGAGAAUAUCUAUGGCGAUCAGUCUAUUGCGACUCAAGAGGGACCUGAAUUGGUAUCGAUGGUCGUUGUACGCUGUAAUAGGUAAUACAUACCAAUUGCUGGUGUCUUUGCUCCAUCCUUAUUCCAAGGCUGAUUGCGCUUAG